GCGUCAUUCAUUCUAACCCUAUUCAUGAGCGCCUUUUCCUCAAAACUACUGCCUGAUUCAUUUCCUGCAAGUCAUCCGAUUCUUCCCGAAACAUCUUUACACGAGAGCCAGAAUGGUGAACUGCUGCGGUCUCGUGUCGGAGAAAAAUGUCCCAGUUCCUCUGAAGAGCAUCUCGGUGGAGCUGCAGGUUCGGGAUCACGGGGUCUCCGUCAGCUCCAGUCUUCAGUAUGUGAACGAGGAGGACGGAGCGCUGGAGGCCGUGUUCGUGUUCCCGCUGCCGGCCGACGCCGCCGUCUGCCACUUCAGCGCCCGGAUCGAGGAGCAGGAGAUUGUGGCGGAGCUGCGGGACAAGCAGAGCGCACGGGAUCAGUACGAUGAUGCUGUGAGUUCGGGUCAGCAGGCGUUUCUGCUGGAAGAGAGCGAUGAGAGUUCAGAUGUCUUCAAACUGAGUGUCGGGUGUUUGUCUCCGGGUCAGAGCGCCGUCAUCAACAUCGUCUAUGUGAUGGAGCUCAGCGUUCAGGCCGACCACGCACUGCGCUUCUGUCUACCGGCCGUACUCAACCCCAGAUACACACCCACAGCUUCAGCCGCUGGUGUUCCAGAAGUUUCCUCAGCAUCUGUUAUUCCGUACACACUGUCUCUGAGUGUUGAUGUGAGAUCUUCAGAUCGUAUCUCCAGGCUUGAGUCUAACUGCCCUCUGGAUCCUCUGGUGUUCCUCGACGCACUCCACACUCAUGCCACGGUGAGUCUGAGUGCUGGUCACCGCUUCGAUAAGGAUGUUGAGCUGCUUCUGUACUAUGAGAAUACCCACCAGCCCAGAGCUGUCGUGGAGGCCGGAGCAGCCACGGCUCAACCAGGCUCUCUGAUGGGCGACCCUGUGCUCAUGAUCAGUUUGUACCCAGAGUUCCCUGCAGACGUGAUGUCAUCGCUGACAUCUCAAGGGGAGUUUGUGUUUGUGGUUGACAGAUCAGGCAGUAUGGACUGCAGCAUGCAUAAUGGGAAAGACGCACCGAUGCGCAUCGAAAGUGCAAGAGACACGCUGCUGCUGCUGCUGAAGAGUCUUCCCAUGGGAUGCUACUUCAACAUCUAUGGAUUCGGCUCUCACUUCGAGUCCUUCUUCCCUCAGAGUGUUGUGUACAGCGAGGACACGAUGGAAGAGGCUCUGAAGAGAGUAAAGAACAUGAAGGCAGACAUGGGUGGCACAGAGAUCCUUCAGCCUCUGAAACACAUCUACAGUCAGAGCUGUUACCCGGAUCACCCCCGACAGCUGUUCAUGUUCACUGAUGGAGAGGUGUGGAACACUAAAGAGGUGCUGGACCUGGUGAAAAGUCACGUUCACUCUCACAGGUGUUUCUCCUUCGGGAUUGGUGAGGGUGCGAGUACGGCUCUCAUCACAGGAAUGGCCAGAGAAGGUUCUGGUCACGCUCAGUUCAUCACAGGCACUGACCGCAUGCAGCCCAAAGUGAUGCAGUCGCUCCGGUUUGCUCUCCAGCCGGCCGUGGAUAAUAUCUCGGUGGACUGGACGGUUCCUGAGGGCGUUACGGUGGACAUGCUGUCUCCCCCCGUCAGUGCCCUGUUCCAGGGUCAGAGGGCGCUCCUCUACGCUCAGCUGAAAGGACAGAGUUCAGGAAAGACAGAAGGAGCAGUUACUGUGAAAUACAGGCUGAAAGAUCAACCAGUGACUAACCAGCUCCAGUUUACUCUUAAACCAACGGAAGACACAGGGCGGACGAUCCACCAGCUGGCGGCCCGGUGUGUGUUGCGCGGUCUGGAGCUGGAGGAGCGAGCCGCAGGAGCCGACACACAGGCCCUCAGGAGCCGGAUCGUGGAGCUCAGUGUUCAGGCCGGAGUGAGCAGCGUUCACACAGCCUUCAUCGCCGUCAACACACACAGCAAGCAGACCAUCACCGGCCCCCUGCUGCAGAGGAGAGUGCCCGUACAGCAAAUGGCGGCUCCGAUGUUUAGUGCCCCGAUGAGGAGGAUGUGCGGGAGUCCUCUGACCUUUCAUGAGCGACUGGCAGAGAGUCCGAGGACAGCAUUAGGGAACGCUCACAGAACUAUUGCCCCCAAACAAACCAUACCAGCAUUGGCGGCUCCCAGGAUGGCACCAUGUGCAAUGCCAAUGCUAGGGGCGGCUCCCAAGGUGCCAUGUAAUUCAAAGAGUAAGAAAAAAAAGGUUUCCAAGAUCGCACUUGGUUCAAUGCCUAAGAGAACUCCCAUGAUGGAAUCUGAUUCUGCAAUGAUGUCUGAUGAUGUCAUGAUGGACGUAUCCUACUCAGCGCCAGAUCCAGAGCCCUUGCCCCCGGCGGACCCGUUGCUCCAGCUGGUGUCUCUCCAGAAGGCUUCGGGACACUGGGAACUCAAAGCGGCACUCGCUGAUGUGUUUGGGAAGACUGAGGACGAGCUGGCGAAUCGCAGACCAGCACAGGUGGACGGGUCAGUGUGGGCCACGGUUCUGGCUCUGAUCUGGCUGCACACCUGUAGGUCAGAGGACCAGGUCGAGUGGCAGUUUGUGGCCAUGAAGGCGGCGGCGUGGAUCCGCUCUCAGAAACCGGACGGCCUGUCUCAGUGUGUGUGUGACGGGAACCUCUUGUUGGGAGGUCAUGUGACUGAAGACGCUUUGGAAAUCUGAAGACUGAAGAAACUUGUGCUGUCAGAAAACAAAUGACUCGCUCUUUAUCAUAAAACACACACACUCCUGUGUUUGAUAUUUUUAAAGAAUAAAACUAACAGAUUUAUUUCAUCGUAGCUUUAGUGUCUAUCCUAAAUGAAUGUUGUUGCUUUAAAUAUGAUUAUAAAUAUAUAUCAUCUUAUGCCUGUUCAGAUUACACCAUUUUAGCACGAUCUGUUUGACGAAUGGUGUCGUGGGGAUUCGUAAACGACAACAUGCGUCGGGACGCAAGAUUCGAUCAUAUCAUCUCGUAUAGCAUCGCACACGCGACAACCAACGUCGCAUCUGCGAUCCACCACGACAAAAAGACUAGCAUGUUUUAUUUUUUUAACCGUCGUCCACGAUGGGUUCAGUCACAUGGUUGACCAAUAGGUUGACCUAUAGGAGCACAGAAGCUUUUCCUUACACAACUUUCAAAAAUGGCGAAACAAAAGAGAGACAAUGGUGCCCAUACUGUCCUCUUCGAGCAAUCCAGGAACGUGUCCAUCGUCGGGUUUUCUUUCUUUUUUACUUCUUUCUGAACACAGGACAGCCAAUACAACACUCUCCUCUUCAUCCAGUGUUUGUUUAUGUUCGUUUCCGGAAGUCACUCGCUAGUUUCGCCUUCUUGAUGACAUCACGCGCGUCGUCUGCCGUCGCCUCAUCCAGGUGGAGCUGCACAUUGGUGGUGGUUGAGGAGAUCCCCCUCCCCCCUCUAUGUGAAGCGCUUUGAGUGUCCAGAAAGGCGCUAUAUAAAUGUAAUGAAUUAUUAUUAUUAUUAUUAUUACUAAAGACGGCACACGAUGACUGGUCAGGAAGGAACGUGUAGCCUGACAUGUUUCUUGUCCACCCUAACCCUAACAAGUUUAUAGGAGUCAAAAUCGCGUAAUCUGACAGUGACUAGUAAAAAACUAAAAAAAUCGUGUAAUCUGAACCAGGCAUUAUGGUACUUUGUGUUUUGAACUCACUAUCAUGAUUCUGUGUGAUCAAGAAUCCAUUAUUCUGCUGUGUGUGAGCAGAUGGUGUCAGUGUGUCUUUGCCACACUAUUUUAUUAAAGUUUUUCUUCCCUAGCCAUAA